UCGUAAAGCGAGGACACAUUGCCCCUCAGCGGCAACAAAUCAAAACUGCACUCUGUGCUUGCGCUGAGUUUGCAGUCACCUAGGUAACCAAAAGAGAAAAGUUCGUGGACGGACGGGUUUUAGACUAAUCCGACUGAAAGAAUAGACUUUUUACAACACACGUUAAGGUCAUAAAGGACACAAAAUGGAAACGACUGGUAUUCUGUAUGUUGAAGCAGAGGCGUUUGUGAAAAGUCUGGAAACGUUUAGUGUCAAAGAGGUGGGCUCUUUAAGAUGGUUCACACAACACGAGUACAUUCAAAAGUUGAACAUGCAGGCAGUGCUGGAUGCAUCAGUCAUGCAUGAUGAGACGGUCAAGGAGCUGUUGGUUUCCUUUGGAAAGAUACCGGUUCUGAUCCAUGAGCUGAUCCUCAUAGAGGUGUGGAAGCACAAAGUGUUCACUAUUUUGUGCCAGCUGCAGGACUUUAAUCCAAAGAAUUCAUUUCAACUUUACAUGGUGAUCUACCAUGAAUCCACCGUCAUAAACCUGCUUCAGACAAUAUUGUUUCAUAAGGAUUCCUGUGAGGCAGCUGGUGACAGUCUUGUAGAUUUGGUGGAUUACUGCCACCGAAAGCUCACCUUGCUGGCCAGUAAAGACACCAGGGGCGACGCCACCAGCUGUAAUAAACACGAGAAUGUAUCUUCUAUUGAGGAGCUGAAGGAGUUGAGUGCUUCAUUGGAGUUUGGCAUCUCCCUGGCAGCUGUAUCUGUGCUGUGUCACAUUACAGGUCACACUAACAAUCUCAGCGUGAUGAAUCGUAUGCUGUGCACACACAACAUGCCUUGUGUCCUAGUUCAGCUGAUUGUUUCCUGCCCCUGGAGCUGCCAGAGACAAGGUGAGGUCCUAAAGUACAUUGAUGGCAGCUGGCAGAAGAUUCCCGAUGAAGACUAUUUCAAGAUGACUAAACUUGACGGUCAGGUUUGGAUUUCCCUUUACAAUCUGCUCCUGAAUGAAGAAUCCCUAAGAAUGUUCGACUUUAACAGUUUCAACAGGGAUCAGCUCUCUAAGCUCAGGACCUUCUUAACGGAUGUACUGAUAGAUCAGAUGCCAAUUCUGGUGGAACUUCAGCGUUUCUUGACUCACCUUGCUUGUACGGAGCCAGCCCCUCCAAAGAAACAGCUUCUCCUGGAGCUGAUUCCGAAAAUAUGGAUGCACAUUGUUGAAACCCACUCUGGAAAGUGGAAGGCAAUAGCUAAAUAUCAGGCCAAAGAAACAUUCAAUCCUUCAGAGAGUGACUUGGCACAAUUGGCAAAGAGGUUAGGUCAAAUAUAUAACUGGGAUGUGAUGGAGAAUUUUCAUCAGGAAAAGACGAAGUGUGGAUCCUGUGGGAAAGAGGCUUCGAAGCGAUGCUCUCGAUGUCAGACAGAGUGGUACUGCCACAGAAAAUGUCAGGUUCAGCACUGGCCAAAGCACAAGAAGGCCUGCCAGCUCAUGGAAAGAUCAACAACAUCCUGAAGGACCAGCUCACAAGCAGCAGAGGCAGAGCUGUAGUGUUUAGACCUGUUUGAGAAAACAAAAAGUUGUAAUAUUCUGAAAUGUACAUUCUGAGUAUCUUGUAAUACUUUUAAUGGAGAACAUGCUGUUAACAUGUCUACCUAUUGUUUUGUUUGGGAUUAAAGGCAUUGUUCUAUGA